UGUGUGCCUCGUCGGCGGCCAGUGUCUCAUUGCUCGGCAGAUCCUCAAGCGGUUCUCCACUCAUCGACAGCGACUCGAACGAACUCACGGCAAAAUGCGUGCUCUCGUGGUGAUCGGUAUCGUCGGCCUCCUGGCCGCAGUGUCCUCGGCCUCCUCCUCGGACGACUUCCUCACUCGUUCGCUCAACGACUGCAUCGGUGCCGACUCCUGGGGCUCCUGCCUCAAGCACGAGGUCCUCGGCUACCUGGACGACAAGCUCGGCACCUCGACCGAGGCCCGCUCCCUCGACAGCGUGGACGAGGCGCUGGUCGCGCGCACCUUCAAGUACCUCAAGAGCUUCGAGUAUGGAGUCGACCUGCCGUUCGUCGACGCCCGCCUCAAGUACAGGCCCGCCAGGAGCCUCGCCGACCUCGACAUCGAGUUCAAGGACAACGAGGUCGCCACCUCCCAGGCCAGGGGCAUCCUCAAGAAGAAGCUGCUGCUGCCCUUCCUGCUGCUGUUCAAGCUCAAGAUGAAGAUGCUCAUGCCGAUCUUCGUCGCCAUCAUCGGCCUCAAGGCCAUGAAGGCCCUCGUGCUCUCCAAGCUGGCCAUCCUCCUGGUCGUCGGUUUCAUCGCCGUGCAGUUCUUCAAGAAGGGAGGCAUGACCCCGCCCAUGGGCAUGUCGAUGGAGCCCGCAAGCCCACCACUCGGCUCCUACGGUGCUCCCCCGGUACCGACGACGACUUCCGGCUACGAGCCGGUGAACACGUGGGACGGCAACGGCCCAUACUCGCGGGUCUGGACGCCCAGCAGCGGCGUUGAAGCUCAGAACCUCGCCUACAACUACUACACCGGUAGCGGCUCCUCCUCGACGUACGGCGCGCCAUCGUCGUCCGCGUCCUCCUCCUCGUCGUCCUCCAGCUCCUCGGGAGCUUCCGGAAGCGGUAGCGUCAGCGCCUCGACGAACUACUAGACGAGAGUCAUUAUGAAUUCCCUAUAGAAACGAAGGCGGCGACGAGGCACCGAGAGAGAAACGUGGUGCGAUGACUCCAGAGGCUUAUUCACUGACGCACUUCUACGAGUCAAGCAAGAAGUAAACGGCUGCAAUUCGUGCUUCUACACGCGACAGCCAAUACUUCUUACUUUCUUUGUACAGUUGACAAUCGAUCGAAAAUUUUCUCAUUACUGGCCGAGUUACUUCACUCAUAAUUCUCUUUUGUAAGUGUAGAUCCGUUUUGAUGUUUUUUGUUUAUUGUUUACGAGAACCCGGCCGGUAAACGAUGCUUUAGGGAUAAAUACUCGAGUGUUGAUAGCAGUCAUAGCUGAUGGUCAUUUGUCUUUCUUGAACGCCUCAAAAUCAGCAUUGACCUUCAAAACUGAUCAGAGGUUACAAUGGCUCGUCGACGAUUUGUCCAAAGAAAUUUGCACCAAAUAAUUUCUAUCAUUUAAAACACACUUAUACUAAGAUAUUUAAAAUCGAGAUAAUGCUUUUGAUUGUCAAUUCAGUGACAAACCCACCCACGAUGGAACGAAAAAGAUUCUUAUUUAUUUCUCGAAACGUCAAUUAUUUAUUAUCAUUUUUAUAUGUAUUUGUUAAUAAAAACCUUUUGUAUUAAA